AUGUUGCCCUUCGAGGCUGUGGCCAAACGCUUCAGGGAGCAAUACAGGACGUUCGCCACAGCCCUGGACACCACCAGGCAUGAGCUCCCUGUGAGAUCCAUCCACCUGGAGGGAGACGGGCAGCAGCUCUUAGAUGCCCAGCAGCGUGAAUUGACAACCACUCAGCGUCUCCUGGGAGAACUUGAUGUUGGCAAGUCAGAAGAAAAUGUGCAGAUGCUGGACUUACUGAGUGAACUCAAGGACGUGACAGUGAAAAAGGACCUCGAGUGCCGAAGGAGUUUCGCCCAGGUGCUGGAACUCUCCGCAGAGGCGAGCAAAGGGGCAGCCUUGGCAAACCAGGAAGUCUGGGAAGAGGGUCAGGGCCUGGCGCCUGCUAGCCAGUGGUAUUUCAAUCAAGACACCACCUGCGGAGAAUCUUGGGGAGCACCCAAGAACACGCCCCUGUCUGAGGACGACACCCCUGGUGCCUCCUCAGCCCCUACUCAGGCCACGUUCAUCAGCCCAAGGGAAGAGGUAUCUUCAAGCAGCCAGGGAGAAGCCACAUCCUCUGCCGCUCACUCAGGGAGGGACUUGGGGUGACUCGUGACAUUCAGGACACUUGAGCACUUUAUACACUACCCUAGCACUGGAGCCGUUUUUUAACGUGAUAAUCUUGUUUGACACUUAAAAAAUAAACCCAUUUUGCAGUUGAAAAAA